CAGGUUCCCUUUCAAAUCUUCUGCACCAAAUCUUGACCCUCAUUUGGACUCCGUGCAGUACAUAUCUCGUCGUUCCUUUUCUGAAACCCUUUGCUCUCCUCCGAUUUUUUUCCUUUUUUAUUACUUUGCGUAUUCGACUACUACUCGUGUGCGGUCGAAAUAAAACUGCUUGAUUCCACUCCUUUGUACAAGCAGAAAACGACCCGCCUCCUAGAUAACCUCCCCCCAAAACACAAUGACAUCCACCCUCCUAUUAUCCCCUUAAUUUCCCUUGUCGAGAUCGCCAAACGGCCUUCACCUUGCCGCAUUGCAACCUUCUCGAUAAAUACACAAAAGAGAAAGUCAAAACCGACAAUACAUACCCUCACUGGCGCGUUGUGACGAGGCUGCGCCCCAGGACACUGACUAUCUCUCUCGCUUCCACCAUGCGUCGCAGCGUCGUCAUCUUCCUCCUAACCACGAUCGUGGUCGUCACAUUACUCCUACACUCGGUGUCAACGCUACUGUCGUUACUCAUUGAAGAUGCCUCGCGCGAUGCCAUUCACCGCACCGAUAUCCCCGCGCCCAACUCGACCCUCCUCGACAACCGACCGCACCUCAUCCCCAAGAUCAUCCACCAGACGUACAAGAACGAAUCGAUCCCGUCGCGCUGGCUGUCCGCCCAACGGUCGUGCAUAAACCUCCACCCGGACUACGAGUACGUCCUGUGGACCGACGAAAAAUCUCACGAUUUCAUCGCCAAAGAAUACCCCUGGUUCCUCAGCACCUUCACGAGUUACAAACACAACAUCCAGCGCGCCGAUGCGAUCCGGUACUUCGUCCUCGCCCACUACGGAGGUGUUUACAUCGACCUGGACGACGGGUGCGAGCGUCGCCUGGACCCUUUACUGAGCUACACCGCCUUUGUGCGCAGGACGGUGCCGACGGGCAUAUCCAACGACGUCAUGGGCUCGAUACCCCAGCACCCGUUCUUCCUCCGGGUCAUGGAGAGUCUGCCGGGCGCAAACCGCAGUUGGGUCCUGCCGUACAUCACCAUCAUGGCGAGCACGGGCCCGCUGUUCCUCAGCGUGAUAUGGAAGAAGUGGAUGGGCGAGCACGCCGACCUGGACCCAGACACGUGGAUCGGGAGGGUGCGAGUCAUCAUGCCGAGCGAGUACAGCGACCACACGUGGAGCUUCUUCAAGACCUACAAGGGGGACAGUUGGCACGGGGACGACGCCCGCUUCAUCUUCUGGAUGGGCAGGAACUGGAUGCUCCUUACCGCACUCGGCUUCUUGCUGGCCGGAGUGCUGGGCCUGAUGGUGUGGUACGUCUAUUCAAGGCUGAUCAUCAUGGGGUCCAGACGGCGUGCUGGGGGCGUCGGUAGCCCUCGAGUGAGCCCGUUCAGGUUCGUCGGCGUCGGGUCGAGGGUGCCCUUGUGGAACGUCUGGAGUGGCAAGACACAAAGUUAUGAGUUGGUGGCCCAGCAUGAUGCCUAAGGCGCUCCAACCCGGGCUCCCUAGCAGUACCCCAGGGCGUGUAUGUGUGUGUGUGGUUGCGUGCAUGUGCUUUGAUUUUGAGCGAUGGCGUUCUGGCAGGGGAAAGAAAAGAAAAAUUUCCCCAUGACUACUUUUUACAAUGGUGACACCGAUUUCAACACACUUUGGGUGGUGGUUGAACGCAACCUGGUUUUGGUGUGCAUCACAAAGCAUGAACUUGUUGAAAACAGAAACCACCCAAAGAUACCCUGUACUCGUGGUAUGAGUGCAGGUGGGUUUAAACGGUGACUUGUUGUACUUGCGGCUGCGCUGGCAAGCAAGAAUGAGCCAAUGAUACUUGAUCUGGGAUGUUUGUUUUCCGGUGUGUUGACACACGUGGAAAAUAUUAAAAAACUAAACAGAUUUGAAACCUCGACUCUGGCAUUGUCCACCCCCCUUUCUCUUUUUGGUGAGACAUAUUAGGGUGCGUGGGUUUAUACAUACCUAGCUAUACUCGUACUCUACUAUAUUUUAAUAAGACAGGACCUUUUUAUCUUA